AUGGUUAUCAGUGGCAAAGUAUCGAAAAUUAAUGCCAAGAUCCCUGUUUCAAAGGUUGAUCAUGGAAAGAAGAACUGCGAUGUGGACCUUCAAGUGCCAGUCUCUCCUUCUUCCUCUGAGUCGUUAGAAGAUGAAGUCAUCGCGCUCCGUGCUCGUAAUAAGGUCCUCUUGGAGGCUCUUAAAGGAGUCAAUGAGAGCGCAACUGCGUUAAAAAAGAAACAUUUUGAUUUGGUCUGGUUCGCAAGAAAUCGCUAUCGUUAUCCCAACCACGGUGCUUCAAAACGAAUUCAAGAAUCGGAGGAGCACCGCGAAGAUCUCGACUUGCUCAAGUCCGACGAUGGUGACUACCACCAUGGCUUUCAGGCUGGUGUCCUCGCUGCUUCCCGUAUGUUCCAAGAACAGUCAGACAUCCUUCACGUCAACGACCAAGACGAGGAGGAGAAACUCAUGGCCAACUCCAUCAAGCACCGUGAAAAGGUUGAAGAAAGCAAGACCAAGUUCGAGCGCAGGAGGUCUUUGCCCCAGGUUGAGGCUGGAGAGUUCCCGGAAAACUAG